AUGAGUGCCUUACAACGCAAGAAAUCUUUGUUUCGAUUUUUCGGUCGUAAACGACAAGCCCAUUCUGCUCGUCUUCCCGCCGAUUGCCUAUAUGAUAUUUUCAAUCUUCUCAAAGAUGAUAUCAAGUCUCUUCAUUCUUGCAUUCUAGUUAAUAGACUUUGGUGCGAAACUGCAGUUCCAUAUCUAUGGUCGCAUCCUUUUAAACGAUCUACUCCCCCUGCCCCUUCACUUAUAAAUGUUCUUGUUGCAUGUCUCUCUGAUGAUGAAAAAUCUGUUCUCGUCCAAAAUGGUAUUAAAUUAUCUACUCAACUUAAAAAACCUCCUACUUUUGAUUACGCUUCUUUCAUUCCGCAUCUUAGUUUAGAAAGUCUUUAUUCUAUUGUUCAAAAUUGGACUAUGCGACAGUCGAUAAAAAGACGCAGCUCCAUAUCCUCUCAAUGUGUUUCUGGAAUUAAUAAUUCCGCCCUUUCGGUAUAUUGUGCUCUGUGUCGUCUAUUUUUCGGUGACAAGUCGACUAUCACUUCACUAAAAUUGGAUCGUCCAACAAAGCAUUCUUUUCCCGAUAUGGAAGAUUCCUUGGGAAUUGAUCUUUGUCUUCAAAAUAUUAAAAACUUAACUAUUCGUUACACUUCCGAUCACUUUUUAUUCGAUGCACUUCGUAAACAAGCUGAAAAUAUCGAAUAUUUAACUGUUAUAAAGUCUUCGGAAGCGAGCCUUCGUAAUUUUGAGGAUUUUCAAUAUUUAUCUUCUUUGAUAUUUUCUCAAUCUAAAUUACGAGCUUUCUCUCUUAUGUGUUACGAUACUGUUAACGGUUUUUCUCCAUCCAUUCUGACUCCACUUGCAAGUCAAGCUGACACACUUGUUUCACUUAAUCUUCAUGGAAUUCCUUUCCCAGGUGAUUCUUCUAUCCAUGCCUUGACUAUUUGUACAAAUCUUGAAGAAUUGAUUAUUGCCCGUUGUACUAACGGUCCAGGUUGUCAAUUGGAUCAAAUUUUGAUGGCCGAUUUCCCUAAUCUCCGAAAGGUAAGAGUCGUGGAAUCUUCACAUCUUUGGGGCCAUCUUAUUGCUUCUGUAAUUCAAAAAAACCCUGUGGAUUUGGAUGAACUACAUUAUCAACCAUGGGAGGAUGAAGAACAUGAUGUGUUAUCUACUUCUAUCAUACAAAGUAUUACAAAAUGGCAGCCGAAAUUGAAAAAAUUUGGUAUUGCUGUUAAUACCGAUGAUAUUCCAUCAUUGAUAGAAAUUUUUAAUGCUCCAGGAUGUAGAUUAGAAAUUCUUAGUUUAUUCUCUUCAGGUAAACAAGAAAGUGACAUUGAUAAAAUCUGGCCAGAAUUAGGAAAACAUUUACCUAUUACUUUAAAACAUCUUAAUAUAUGGAUAUUCAUUGGUGCAAAAUCGAUGAAUAAUUUUCUGAAAAAUACAAAAGCUAUCCUAGAUUCGUUAUAUAUCGAUUCUUGGUUUGAAGAUUAUUCACAUCCUCCUUAUAUUAAUGUACUUUCUGAUUAUCUCGAAGAUCGUUCUAUUGAUAUAGCUAAUUUUUUCACUCCAGCUUUACAUUAA